CACUGGCGAACAAUUGAACAAUCAAAAUAUGUCAGCUUACACGAGUUUACAUGUGUUUAGUUCAUAUCGUUCCUUGAGAUACCGAUAACCGCGUUAUAUAUAAAUAUAACAGAUUUGAUCUUUUGUUAGACGAUUCUUGUGGCAACAUUGGAGAUGGCAGUGGAGGGAGAGACCAAGCGCAUUUUGGCUCAGUUCAAGAGCGAAUCUGGGGAAGUCGUUGGUGCUCCAUUUGACCUUCCUGUCGAUAUCACACCAGAAAAACUGCAGCUGAUUUGCAAUGCUGUGCUUGAAAAGGAGGAAACUGUACCAUAUUCUUUCUUCACGAAAGAUAAGGAGAUCACUGAGAGCUUGGAGAAGACCUUAGCAACUGAAUAUCGCCUAGAAACAGAAAGCGUUUUGGAUAUCAUCUACCAACCACAAGCUGUUUUUAAAGUGAAAGCUGUCACCAGAUGUACAAGCACCAUAGAGGGGCAUGCUGAGGCGGUGAUAUCUGUGUUGUUCAGCCCAAGUGGAAGUAAUCUGGCAAGUGGUUCGGGAGAUACAACUGUACGAUUUUGGGAUGUGAAUACAGAAACACCCCACUACACCUGUAAAGGCCACAAGCACUGGGUGUUGAGCAUUGCAUGGUCACCAGAUGGAAAGAAGCUAGCGUCAGGGUGCCGAAAUAGCCAGAUCAUUGUGUGGGAUCCGGCCACUGGCAAGCAACUUGGCAAGACGAUGAAAGGUCACAAACAGUGGAUCACAUGGUUAUGCUGGGAGCCAAUGCAUCUCAACCCAGAGUGUAGGAAGUUGGCCAGUGCGUCCAAGGAUAUGACCGUGAGGAUCUGGGACACUGUCCUUGGUCACUGUUUGAUUUCAAUGUCCAGUCACCUGCAAAGUGUCACUAGUAUCAGAUGGGGUGGCACAGGACUCAUCUAUUCUGCCUCACAAGAUCGCACCAUCAAAGUAUGGAGGGCUGACGAUGGGGUAAUGUGUCGUACACUACAAGGUCAUGGACACUGGGUGAAUACUCUGGCAUUGAACACGGACUAUGCGAUCAGAACAGGGGCCUUCGACCCUGCAGAAGCACAGGUUGUGCCGCAGUCAAUCACGGGGUCGCUGGAAGAGCUAGCAGAAAGAGCACGCGCUCGAUACAACGCGGCAAAGGGUGAUGGCCCAGAACGACUGGUCUCUGGUUCAGACGACUUCACGAUGUUCCUGUGGCAUCCGGAGGUCGAGAAUAAGUCGGUGGUGAGAUUAACCGGACACCAGCAGCUGAUAAAUGAUGUGAAGUUCUCGCCAGACGGUCGUCUCAUCGCCAGCGCUUCCUUUGACAAAUCCGUGAAGCUGUGGGACGGAAAAACUGGAAAGUUCCUGUCGACUCUGCGAGGACAUGUUAAAGCUGUCUACCAGGUGGCGUGGUCGGCCGACUGCCGCCUGCUGUGCAGCGGGAGUGCCGACUCAACGCUGAAGGUGUGGGACGUACGCGCCAAGGCAUUGCUGAACGAUCUGCCUGGUCACGCCGAUGAGGUGUAUGCAGUUGACUGGAGCCCAGAUGGACAAAAGGUGGUCAGUGGUGGGAAGGAUAAGGUGCUGAAAAUAUGGCGACGGUAGGUCUGGCUGUGGAAGUUGGUCAGCAGAAGUUACAUCGAGGCAAGGCGUGUUUAUAUGUAUAAAUAUAUGUAAAAUAAAUUUCCUUUUAAUUGGAUUUUUA